UCAGACUAAAAUGAGGGCCCAAGCAAUUUACAGUGUAGCGCUGCUCGUUCUCAGCCUAAUAGGACUUGGCCAGGCCAACACCAUUGCCAGUUGUAAUAGUUGCUAUGGCAUCAAUUGCCAGCGCACCUCGCUGCAGGCGCAGGAGCAAAAGUGCGCGGACUCGUUGGACUAUUGUGUGACUAUCUUUGAUGAUUCCAAGGUGAUGUACAAGGGCUGCUCGUUGGAGAUUCCCUUAACGCUGCGCCAGCGCUGCGAAUCGCACUCUAAGGGCAGCAGCUGCUUCAAGUGCAACUCGGAUCGCUGCAAUAAUGUGGGCGCCAUGGACUACGCCUGUGUCCAGUGCGAUGCCAGCAAGGACGCCAAUUGCGCUGAGAAUGCGUCGACGUUGCAGCCCACGCGCUGUGUCGCCCCCACAGGCGGCAAUUCCUAUUGUUAUGUCAAGUCCAGCGGCAGUUCCACUCAACGUGGCUGUGCCACAACAGUCGCCGAACAGCAGAGCUGUCUGAAGGAUGCCAACUGCCUGCUCUGCUCGCCCGGCGACAUUCGUGGCUGCAAUGCUGUCAACAUUUCCAAUAACUCAAACGUAGGCAAUCGCUUCAUUCGCUUUCUGCGCUAGUUUUAAGUCAACAGCGAUCAAUAUAGCAAAUAAACUUAAUUAUGAAAAGUA